AUCACCCCAUCCCUCGGGGCUUCCAGAACCGCUUCUCGACCCAGUACCGCUGCUUCUCUGUGUCCAUGCUCGCUGGACCUAAUGACAGAUCAGAUGUGGAGAAAGGCGGGAAGAUAAUUAUGCCACCAUCAGCUUUGGAUCAACUCAGCCGACUUAAUAUUACUUACCCGAUGCUGUUUAAGCUGACAAAUAAAAAUUCAGACCGAAUGACGCAUUGUGGAGUCCUUGAAUUUGUGGCUGACGAAGGCAUAUGUUACCUUCCACACUGGAUGAUGCAGAACUUGCUGCUAGAAGAGGGAGGCCUGGUGCAAGUGGAGAGUGUUAAUCUCCAAGUUGCUACGUACUCAAAAUUUCAGCCACAGAGUCCAGAUUUUCUUGACAUCACCAAUCCCAAAGCUGUGUUAGAAAAUGCAUUGAGAAACUUUGCUUGUCUGACUACUGGCGAUGUUAUUGCAAUCAACUACAAUGAAAAGAUCUAUGAGCUUCGGGUAAUGGAGACUAAACCAGAUAAGGCUGUGUCCAUCAUAGAAUGUGAUAUGAAUGUGGAUUUUGAUGCUCCUUUGGGGUACAAGGAACCAGAAAGGAGUGCACAACAGGAAGAGACCACAGAUGUGGAAGCAGACCAUGGUGGAUAUGUGAGUGACACAGGAUUUCGUGCUUUCUCUGGUUCUGGGAACAGAUUGGAUGGCAAGAAGAAAGGUGUUGAGCCUAGUCCUUCGCCAAUUAAACCAGGAGACAUUCGAAGAGGAAUACCCAACUACGACUUCAAGAUUGGUAAAAUUACAUUCAUUAGAAACUCACGUCCACUAGUUAAGAAAGUCGAAGAGGAUGAAUCUGGAAGCCGGUUUAUUGCCUUUUCAGGAGAAGGCCAGUCUCUCCGCAAAAAGGGAAGAAAACCCUAAGUUGUGGUACCGUUAGUCAGUUAGGAGGAAAAUAAAAUUAUAAUGGCAGCACA